AUGGAAGCCAGCGCUGGACUUGUCGCUGGCUCUCACAACAGGAAUGAACUAGUCGUCAUCCACGGCCAUGAAGAGCCUAAGGCUUUGAAAAAUCUGAGUGGCCAAGUUUGUGAAAUAUGUGGUGAUGAGGUUGGCCUAACGGUCGACGGGGAACUGUUCGUGGCAUGCAAUGAGUGUGGUUUUCCGGUGUGCCGGCCGUGCUAUGAGUAUGAGAGGAGAGAAGGAACCCAACUUUGCCCCCAGUGCAAAACCAGAUACAAGCGCCUUAAAGGGAGUCCAAGGGUCGAGGGAGACGAUGAUGAGGAAGAUAUCGAUGACAUUGAACAUGAAUUCAACAUUGAUGAGAAAAACACAAACACAAAUAUUGCUGAAGCCAUGCUUCAUGGGAAGAUGAGUUAUGGGAGAGGACCUGAAGAUGAUGAUACUGCCCAGUACCCGCCCGUUAUAGCUGGGGUCCGCUCUCGUCCUGUUAGCGGUGAAAUCCCGAUUUCCAAUCAUGCUUAUGGAGAGCAGAUGGUGGGAUCCUCUCUGCAUAAACGGGUACACCCGUAUCCACCAUCCGAGCCUGGGAGUGCAAGAUGGGAUGAUAAGAAGGAGAUUGGAUGGAAAGAGAGGAUGGAUGAUUGGAAAAUGCAGCAAGGAAAUUUGGGGCCCGAACCAGAUGACUCGGCUGACGUUGACCUGGCCAUUGUAGAUGAAGCAAGGCAGCCACUUUCAAGGAAAGUACCAAUUGCAUCUAGCAAAAUCAAUCCUUACCGUAUGGUAAUUGUGGCUAGGCUGGCAAUUCUGGCCUUCUUCCUACGUCAUAGAAUUUUGAACCCUGUGCAUGAUGCUUUAGGGCUCUGGCUUACUUCUGUUAUAUGUGAGAUCUGGUUUGCUUUCUCAUGGAUCCUUGAUCAGUUCCCUAAAUGGUUUCCCAUUGAUCGUGAGACUUACCUUGAUCGUCUUUCUCUGAGGUAUGAGAGGGAAGGUGAACCCAACAUGCUAGCUCCAGUAGACAUAUUUGUCAGCACAGUAGAUCCCACGAAGGAACCACCUCUCGUUACAGCAAACACUGUGCUCUCAAUAUUGGCCAUGGAUUACCCUGUUGAUAAAAUAUCAUGCUACAUAUCUGAUGAUGGCGCUUCAAUGUGCACCUUUGAAUCGCUAUCAGAAACAGCAGAAUUUGCUCGAAAAUGGGUUCCUUUCUGCAAGAAAUUUUCUAUAGAGCCUCGUGCCCCAGAGAUGUACUUCUCUGAAAAGGUUGAUUAUCUGAAGGAUAAAGUGCAGCCAACAUUUGUAAAGGAGCGAAGAGCUAUGAAGAGAGAAUAUGAAGAGUUCAAGGUAAGAAUUAAUGCACUGGUUGCAAAAGCCACAAAAGUUCCACUGGGAGGAUGGAUCAUGCAAGAUGGGACACCAUGGCCUGGAAACAACACCAAGGAUCACCCUGGUAUGAUUCAAGUCUUUCUAGGCCAUAGUGGAGGCCAUGACAUGGAAGGAAAUGAACUUCCUCGCCUAGUUUAUGUUUCUCGUGAGAAGAGACCUGGUUUCCAGCAUCACAAAAAAGCCGGUGCAAUGAAUGCCCUGGUUCGUGUUUCUGGUGUUCUUACCAAUGCUCCAUUCAUGCUGAACUUGGACUGUGACCAUUACUUAAACAACAGCAAGGCUGUGAGAGAAGCAAUGUGUUUCUUGAUGGAUCCACAAGUUGGAAAGAAGGUUUGCUAUGUUCAGUUCCCUCAGAGAUUUGAUGGAAUAGACAGGCAUGAUAGAUAUGCCAACAGAAACACAGUCUUCUUUGAUAUCAACAUGAAAGGCUUAGAUGGAAUUCAAGGUCCGGUCUAUGUUGGCACAGGAUGUGUUUUUAGAAGACAAGCUUUAUAUGGCUAUGAACCUCCAAAGGGUCCUAAGCGCCCAAAGAUGGUAAGCUGUGAUUGCUGCCCAUGCUUUGGACGUCGCAAAAAGCUUCCUAAGUAUUCGAAGGAUGGUGUCAAUGGCAGUGCAAACACUAUAGGAUUUGAUGAUGACAAAGAGCUCUUGAUGUCUCAGAUGAACUUUGAAAAGAAAUUUGGACAGUCACCAAUUUUUGUGACUUCAACAUUAAUGGUUGAAGGUGGAGUUCCACCUUCCUCAAGCCCAGCGGCCCUUCUCAAAGAAGCCAUUCAUGUCAUCAGUUGUGGCUAUGAAGACAAGACAGAGUGGGGUUCUGAGUUGGGCUGGAUUUAUGGCUCUAUCACAGAAGAUAUCCUAACAGGAUUCAAGAUGCAUUGCCGUGGUUGGAGGUCCAUUUACUGUAUGCCCAAAAGGGCCGCCUUUAAGGGAUCUGCUCCAAUUAAUCUAUCAGAUCGUCUCAAUCAGGUGCUGCGUUGGGCUCUUGGUUCUGUUGAAAUCUUUUUCAGCCGUCACAGCCCUGUUUGGUAUGGCUACAAAGAUGGAAAACUCAAGUGGCUUGAGCGAUUUGCAUAUAUUAAUACGACUGUCUAUCCAUUUACCUCCCUACCUCUUCUUGCAUAUUGUACCCUCCCUGCCAUCUGCUUGCUCACUGGAAAGUUCAUAAUGCCAGAGAUAAGUACCUUUGCAAGUCUCUUUUUCAUUGCUCUCUUUCUCUCCAUUUUUACAACUGGCAUCCUAGAGCUAAGGUGGAGUGGAGUUAGUAUUGAGGAAUGGUGGAGAAAUGAACAAUUUUGGGUGAUUGGUGGUGUGUCCGCUCACCUGUUUGCCGUUAUUCAAGGUCUUCUCAAGGUUUUGGCUGGUAUAGACACAAACUUCACAGUCACAUCGAAGGCAACGGAUGAUGAGGAAUUUGGAGAGCUAUAUGCUUUCAAGUGGACAACCCUUCUAAUCCCUCCAACAACUAUUUUAAUUAUAAACUUGGUUGGUGUUGUGGCUGGAAUCUCUGAUGCCAUAAACAAUGGGUACCAAUCAUGGGGUCCCCUGUUUGGGAAGCUAUUCUUUGCCUUUUGGGUGAUUGUACAUCUCUAUCCAUUCCUAAAAGGUCUCAUGGGUAAGCAGAAUAGGACACCUACUAUUGUUGUUAUAUGGUCAGUACUUUUGGCUUCUAUCUUCUCCUUGUUAUGGGUCCGGAUUGACCCAUUCAUAUUAAAAACUAAGGGGCCUGAUACCAAGCAAUGUGGGGUCAAUUGCUGA